CCAAACGGCCAUGGGGGAACCACUGCCGACGAGCCAGGUGGGCUCGGACUCAGAGCUGGACGUCGAAGACGACGACGAGGAAGACUCCGGCAGCACCAGAGCCGAGCCGUCCUCAUCCGCCAAGAAGGCGGCCAGCGCCCUGGGCUUCUCCAUCGCGCGCAUCAUGGCCCCGGACAAGGCGCACAGAAACAGCGCGUCUUCCGCAGCCUGCUCGCUCUCGGCAAUGCUCCACGACUGGCGCCGAAAGCUGCAGGCCUCCGGGGCGUCCUGGAUCAGGCCUUCUCUGCCGUACGGCGGCCCUCAUCCCAACCCUGGAGUCGAGCGUCAGGACUCGACGCUAGCUCUGGGCAUCGCCACGACAGCGCUGAGUCAGCUGGCCAGGCUACACCAGGGAAGCGGCGGCGGUCUCGUCUACCCGUGGCUGCAGCAGGCUUCCGACGGAGGCCUCGCCUCUUCGACGCCCGCGUCGGUGUUGCCAGACAUCGCGACACACGGAGAGCAGGCAACGGCGAGGCUGGUGCGACCUCAGCCGCGCCUGGCAACCAUGGCGUGCGAGGUGCUGAAGCACUCCAGGCUGCAGGAGACGGAAAAGGCCGCCGGCGGUGGUGGUGGCGGAGGCUCCGGCGGAGCGGGCGGAGGCAGCGGAGCCGGCAACAAGCAGAAGACAUUCACGUGCACCGAGUGCGGGAAGGUGUUCAACGCGCACUACAACCUAACGCGACACAUGCCCGUGCACACGGGCGCCCGUCCGUUCGUGUGCAAGGUGUGCGGCAAGGGCUUCCGGCAGGCCAGCACGCUGUGCCGCCACAAGAUCAUCCACACCCAGGAGAAGCCUCACAAGUGCGCCACGUGCGGCAAGGCGUUCAACCGCAGCUCGACGCUGAACACUCACGUGCGGAUCCACGCGGGCUUCAAGCCCUGGGUGUGCGAGUACUGCGGCAAAGGUUUCCACCAGAAGGGCAACUACAAGAACCACCGGCUCACGCACACGGGCGAGAAGGCGUACAAGUGCAGCGUGUGCAACAAGGCCUUCCACCAGGUGUACAACCUCACCUUCCACAUGCACACGCACAACGACAAGAAGCCCUACACGUGCAAAGUGUGCGGCAAGGGGUUCUGCAGGAACUUUGACCUCAAGAAGCACUCGCGAAAGCUUCACGAGAGCGUCGUCGCGUCCAGCACAACUCCGUCGCGCCGACCGUCGCCCGCCGAGACCGCGGCGGUGGCGAGGUUCCAGCAGCUGCACGCCCCGUUCGUGGCCGCGUCCGGGAUUCUCGUCGACCGAGCCAUGAUGCCCGCCGCGCUCCUCUGA